AUGCAUUCUUUACUGUCCCGGGGCAACUCGAUGCUGGCCUACACGCUGAUUGUACUCGUUACUCUCGUGUUCGCAUGUUUUCUUUCCACCAUAUCGGUUGAUUACCGGACUGGUACUGAGAUUCAGGCGCUCAAAAUCGAAGUGAAAAACUUACCAACGUAUGGUGUAUCCAAAAAGAUCAAUGACUUGGGUCACAUAAAAUUCAACCUCAAUACAGAUCUCACUAGCCUAUUCAAUUGGAAUGUUAAACAAUUGUUUGUCUACAUGACAGCUGAAUAUGAGACACCUACAAACGCCUUGAAUCAAGUAGUUUUGUGGGACAAGAUUAUUUUGAGAGGAGAGAAAUCCUACUUGCGCCUUAAAAAUAUGAGAACAAAAUAUUACUUUUGGGAUGAUGGUAAUGGUUUAAGGCAGCUGAUUCACCUAACCUGCCAGGCUUGUCGCUUGUCGGCAAACGAGAAGCACGACGUCGACGAUGACGAAGAGCUCGUGCCUUGGAGCAAGACGUGUCCAACCGUGUACGCCAUUUUCAUCUAG